GCUGUGGCCAGCUGGGGUCGGGCUCUUUCUCCAGGAACUGACAGAACCAGAGGACACAGCUUCAAGCUGCACCAAGGGAAAUACAGCAAGGGGACAAAGCACACAAAGGACCAUUCAGCAGCUGCCUCCAAUGCCCAUCCCCAGGCGCCGUGUCCCAAAUUGUGCCCCUGGAGUGACAGCGAGGAGCAGCCCAAGCCUUCCAGGCUAGGAGAGGACAGAAGCCUCCUGCCAACGUCAUGUCAAGGCCUCCACCCCAUUUCACACAAGGAUUUGUGGUUGCCUCUCACAAAGGACUGAGGAGCAAGAAAUGAGCUCUGACAAGGAAAUGAUUGCACAACACCUCCUCCAUCUGAUUCCUUGUGUUUGCAGAACAUCCGUCCCCUGUCCUGGGGCUGUCCUGGAAGCUGAGGCAGAGCACUUACAGGGCAAACAGAUGGGAAUUAACAGAUUUUGGUUAACUUUGGAUGUGGAAACCCAAGAAGGGAAAACUGGGAGUGAAGGAACUCUUUUUUUGGGGGGGGAAGAAAUCACCUUUAUUUUAUUAAAAACUGGGCACGGGCACAAAGUAGCACAGUGUGUGAUGGCCAAGUGACCAAGGCCAGGCUGGAUGUGGCUCUGAGCACCCUGCGAUAGUGGGAGGUGUCCCUGCCCCUGGCAGGGGGUGGACUGAGAGGAAUUUUAAGGUCCUUUCCAACCCAAACCAUUCUGGGAUUCUGUGUUUUACCAGCAAUAGCAAUGCACUUCAAAAUCAUCCCUUCAAGUGAAACAAUGAUUUUCUUGAGCUGCAGCCUUUCCAGCUGUGGGGGCUGCAGGUCAGCGCUUCCUCCCAAGCAAACAUUUGCUCUGUCAUCAUAAGGUUGGAAAAAACCUCUAAGAUCAAGCCCAGCCAUUACUGGCUGAUCUUUUGCAGCCUCUCUUCCUUGUUAGAAAGGCAAAAUUGCCAUUUUUGAGGCAAAAAAAAAAAAAAAAAAAAAAAGGACUUGAUCUGCCAUUUGCAGCUGUCUCACCUCAGCCACAGCUGCCUGUGGAGCUCUCCCACAAGGGCAGGUGGGCUGAACGUGUCCCGUGGGGAAAAUGCACCUGAUCCCACCUGGGAAGAGAUGGAGACUGCGGGUGGGAUGCUCAGGGCCACCGUCCUUGCUCUGCCACGGAUCCCUGCUGCUUUUUGUGCUGCUGGAUCUGCUCCUGCAGGGAAAACCUCUGCGAGCUGCUGCUGCUGACACGAGCCGUGGGUGCAGCUUCCGCACGGAAAAUCCACACAGCUGGGAUGUGGGAGCAGGGAAUGAGGGCAGCGGGGAGGGAACAGGAGCCAGCAGAGGCUCUGGCUCUGGGGGGACACAGACAGAGGGUGUCCCGACAGCUGCGGGCUUUUUUUCCCUUCUCUCCAAUCAAAACAGAGUUUGUGCCUUUUUUUGUCCGUUUGUUUUCCUCGCGAAAGUAAUUCCGCACGAAGGCUUUCCCAGAAAAAUGAUGCGAGACUUCUCCUUGGCAUUCCUGGAAGCGAUGAAUCACCUCGCUCCUUUUUUGGGGGGUCCCGGCGGCAGAGGCGCGACCCGGUGCGACAUCCGCGCUCGGGCUGUGCCACCUCCUGGUGACAGCGGGCGGUGCAUCCCUGCAUCCCUGCGUCCCCGCGUCCCUGCAUCACUGCAUCACUGCAACCCUGCAUCCCUGUGUCCCUGCAUCACUGCAUCACUGCAACCCUGCAUCCCUGUGUCCCCGCAUCCCCGUGUCCCCGCAUCCUCGCAUCCCUAUGUCCCUGCAUCACUGCAUCCCUGCCUCCCCUCAUCCCUGCAACCCUGCAUCCCCUCAUCCCCAUAUCCCUGCAUCCCUGCAACCCUGCAUCCCCACAUCCCAGCAUCCCCUCAUCCCUACAUCCCUGCCUCCCCGCAUCCCUACAUCCCCAUAUCCCCACAUCACCUCAUCCCUGCAUUCCUACAUCUCCUUAUCCCCACAUCCCUGCAUCCCUGCAAUCCUACAUCCCCUCAUCCCUGCAUUCCCUGCAUCUCCUCAUCCUUGCAUCCCCACAUCCCUUCAUUCCUUGCAUCCCCUGCAUUCCCUCAUCCCUGCAUCCCUGCCCAAAACCCAGCCCCCCCCCCCGGUCUGCAUCGCCAGGACUUUCUGGUUUUGUUACCCAGCUGA